AUGAACUACACAGAAGCCAGCUCCUCUACCCAAACCAAUGUACUAAACAAUGAAUACUAUCAGUGCAACAUGGAAAACUGGCUGACUAUGCAGCAAAACAGCGAGAUGAUUGUCACCAAAAACCAGCUGUUCCGCUCCAAGAACACAAUUCAUGCAUAUCUAGCAAAGCAGAAAGAGUGGAUGAAUUGGUGUGUUGAAACAAAAAAAAUUGCUGAUGGCACAAUUGUCUCUGAUGAAAAAGUCGCCUUCUUUCUCACUGAUUUUGUCAUGGUUUGUGACCGCAAGUUCAAGAGAAAUGAUGAUGACACCCCUGUUCCUUUUGGAAGAGAGUCAAUUCAGGCUUACGUUAAGGCAAUAACAGACAUUUAUUACCAGCAAGUAGCUUUGGACUUGAACAAGAACCUCCAUUCUAGAGAACCAAUUGUAAGACAGUUUCUAGACACAAACACAAAGAAGGAAACAAAGUGCAAGAGAGUAGAGUAUAAAGACAGAGAAAAAAACACACUCAACAAUAGAUAUACAAAAAACGAACUUCUUCUUCUCAGUCAGUACUUCCUCGAGCAAGAUAGUACAGUGGGAGUUAGAAAUCAUCUUUGUUUUCUUAUGAGUCAUGCAAUGUUAUUGAGAAGUAAAACUGCCUUUGGUACUUAA